UUAAAUGGGCAGGUGAGGAAAUUGAGAAGGAGGCUGCUACCUGGAGGAAAAUUUGAUCCUCAGACAGGGUGGAAACUGAAGCAUCUGUCUGCACAUCCUCCCGGCAUUUAUAAGACAGACCCAGCUCUCAGUGGCCACCACAGACUGAUCUGCUGCUGCUUUGAGUCUGAACAGAGAGGAAACCAGACUACAGAACCAACAUGUCACUCACCUCCAUCCUUUCAGCUGAGGCAAUUGAAAAGGCUGUUAAGGACUGUGAAGCACCAGACUCAUUCUGCUGCAAGAAGUUCUUUAAGCUGUGUGGCCUGUCCUCGAAGACCCCCACGGAGGUCAGAAAAGCCUUCCAGAUCCUUGACGAUGACAACAGCGGCUACAUCGACGAGUCUGAGCUUGAGUUUUUUCUGCAGCGGUUUGACCCCGCGGCACGGAAACUGACUGAAGCAGAAAUCAAGAAGUUCAUCUCAGCUGCUGAUGACAGUGAUGGCAAAAUUGGAGUAGAGAAAUUUCAGGCAAUGGUCCUGUCCUGAGUGUUGCAGAUAAGGAGAGAACUCAUGUCUUCAUCCACCUCUGGAGUCCUCUGAUGCCACUUUCCAUUCCCAGGGAUUUCUUUUCUUUUCUACUCAAUUAUGUGCAUGCAAACUUUUUUAAAAUUACCUUUUGUCUACUUAAAGACAUUGGGCUUUUAAUUUGUCAUUGCAUUAUGAUGGUCCAUGCU